CAGCAAGACCAUAAGUUCUGAUCACAGGCUUUCCCAUCUGAUUGCCUUAUUCAGGCCUGACCAUGGCUCCUGCAGGGAUAACACCAGCAUUGCUGCUUGUUCUUCUCUCUCUUGUGGGACUUUCGCUUCAAGAAACUAACUUCUUUGUGGGAGCAGGAAGGGCAGAUGUCACUGGACCAGCAGCAGGCGUCAAUAUGAUGGGUUAUGCGAACCCUGGCCAAACAACUGCUGGUAUUCACACCAGAUUGUUCAGCCGAGCUUUCAUCAUCGCCGACCCAAAGAACAGUACGAGAGUCAUCUUUGUCAGUGUGGAUUCCUGCAUGAUUACAACUGUUGUCAAAACACAGGUUUUGUUGAAACUACAGAAAUUGUACGGCAAAGCUUAUAAUGCAGAGAAUGUGUGUAUCAGCGGUAUCCACACCCAUUCUGGUCCGGCCGGGUAUCAUCAGUAUGUCCUUUUUGAAAUCACGUCUUAUGGAUUUAUCCGCCAGAGUUUGGAUGCGCUUGUAGAUGGAAUCGUCUUGAGUAUUGAGCGAGCCCACAAGAGUAUCAAACCAGCCAAUAUCUUCUUCAAUGAAGGUGAACUCUUGUCGAGUAACAUCAACAGGAGUCCGUCUGCCUACCUGAACAAUCCUGCAGAUGAGAAGGCCAAGUACAGAUAUAAUGUGGACAAGAACAUGACCCUCCUGAAGUUUGUGGAUGCCAAUGGGACACCAUUUGCAAUGAUCAGUUGGUUCCCUGUGCACUGUACGAGCAUGAAUAACACGAACAGUCUCAUCAGCGCUGAUAACAAGGGUCACGCUUCCUAUCUGUUCGAGAAAGAAAUGAACGGAGGAACAUUUCUUCCUGAUGGCAGCGACACCUUUGUGGCAGCCUUUGCCCAGUCAAACGAGGGAGAUGUCUCGCCCAAUACGCGGGGGGCCCAUUGUCAAGACACAGGACUACCCUGCUCUAUGAACCACAGUACUUGUAAUGGAAAGAGUGAGAAGUGCAUUGCCACAGGUCCAGGGAAGGACAUGUUUGAGAGUACAAAGAUCAUAGGAGAGAACCAGUACAACAAAGCAAAGGCCCUAUUUGAUGCAGCGAACUUGGCCAUCUCUGGACCAGUAGGGUUUGUUCAUCAGUAUGUCGACAUGACCAAUUUCUCGGUGCCUAUCAACAAGACUUAUACGGCGAAGACUUGUAAGCCAGCAAUGGGAUUCAGCUUUGCGGCUGGAACAACGGAUGGGCCAGGAGCAUUUGACUUUACUCAAGGCGACACCACUGGGAACAAAUUCUGGCAGAUUGUGAGAAACAUCAUCAAGAAGCCAUCUGCUGCGGCAUCAGCUUGUCAUGACCCGAAGCCCAUAUUACUGAGCACUGGGGAGAUGUCCUGGCCCUAUGCAUGGCAGCCCAGUAUUGUCGAAACUCAGCUGCUGCUGAUCGGACAGUUUGUUGUCACAGCAGUACCUGGAGAGUUUACCACCAUGUCUGGUCGCAGAGUCAGGAAUGCCGUUCUCAAGUCUCUCGUCAGCAAAGGCUUCUCCCCAGACACCAAGACAGUAAUAGCUGGCCUCUCCAAUACCUACUCAGAUUACAUUGCAACUUUUGAGGAAUACCAGAUACAAAGAUACGAAGGGGCAUCCACCAUUUACGGUCCUCAUACUCUCCAGGCAUACGUCUUACAGUAUUCAAAGCUUGCAGAGGCACUUGCAACGCACCGUAAUAUAUCGAGGGGACCAUCGCCGCCAGAUCUCCUAUCCAAACAAUUCGAGCUUCUACCUGGUGUCGUAUUUGAUUCUGCUCCGAUGGGAAAAUCAAUGGGCGAUGUCCUUGAGGAUGCCAACUCACAUUACACACCAGGUUCGGAGGUAUCCGUCGUCUUCGUAACAGGAAACCCGAGAAACAAUCUUAAGCAAGAACAUACGUUCCUUACUGUGGAGAAGCAGCAAACUGAUGGGACGUUCAAGGUCUUCUACACUGACAUCGACUGGUGCACGCUGUAUAAGUGGAAAAGGACGAGUGUUUUGUUAGGCCACAGCACUGCGACUAUCGUGUGGAACAUACCCGCAGACCAAGCCCCGGGAAAGUACCGCAUCACGCAUUAUGGAGAUGCCAAGAGUCUCUUCCAGAGCCCCAAGUCAUUCCAGGGACAAUCACGAGUCUUUGAUGUUGGUUCACGCAGAUCACUCCAUCGCCUGUGGAGGAAGAGGAAUUGGACUGUAGGGAGGAAUACCUACAGCAUGAGGAGAUAAGGUUGCUUCGGCCAGGACUCCUGGCCUGAAGGCAGAUGUGACUUAGAGCUCUAUACACUGUUUGAGUUUUUUGUAUUUUCCUUGGCUCAUGUGUGUAGAGUUAUUACAUGUAUGCUCACAAUUUUGCUCGAACUUGGCAUUUAUAGUAUUUUGUAGAUCAUUCUAUGUAACAGCAUUGUUGAAAUUUAUACUCUGUACGUAGUUACAUAGUUUGAAGUUUUCUGAUUUUUGAACUAAUGGAGUAGACAAGACCCAUAUGUUCUAGGUAUAGGACAGAAGAGUGUCCUUGUCACAGGAACAUCUAUCAAUUCUCAACAUGAGUAUUACACUACAGGUACUUUGUCAUCGGGUUUGCUAAAGACGGCUUUAUUUUACAUCGUACCCAUUUACUUGAAUUGUUGUCAGCCAACAUAAUUCUUCCUGCAGUGUACUUCUAACAAUAAACAUCAACGAUCAAGUGAUUUCUGUUGAGAACCAUGUUAUAACAGUACAGCUCUAUAUCAUUGUGUGCAAUCAGCUAGUCAAAAUUUGUACGCAAAUUUUGUAGGGAAAAUUGUUUCAAGAAUCAUAUUUAUUGUGUUCAAGUAUCAUGUAUAUGUUUUAUGGAGUUUCAUCUAAUAAAC